AACGCCGCUCACGUGAGCGGAAGUCACGCCAGAAGGGCGGCCGGAAGCGAUGCCGGAAGCACGGUCUAACGCGGUCUCAAGAUGGCGGCGCCCAGCGGAACCGGCGCGGGGAAGGCUUCGCUGCUGCGGGUGGUGGCGGAGUGCGGGCAGAGCAUGGCGCGGGCGGGGGAGCUGCUGCUGCCGCACGGAACCGUGCCCUGCCCCGUCUUCAUGCCCGUGGGGACGCGCGGCACCGCCAAAGGAAUCACCGCGGAGCAGCUGCGGGCGUUGGGCUGCGGGCUGUGCCUGGGCAACGCGUAUCACCUCGGGGCGGCGCCGGGCCCCGAGGUGGUGCAGCGGGCGGGGGGGCUGCACGGCUUCAUGGGGUGGCCCCGCAACCUGCUGACGGACAGCGGCGGUUUCCAGAUGGUUUCCCUGUCUGCGCUCUGCCAGGUGUCGGAGGAGGGCGUUCGCUUCCGCCCCCCCCGCGGCCCCGAAAUUCUGUUGAGCCCCGAGCGAGCCAUGGGGCUGCAGAAUGCGCUGGGAGCCGACAUUGUGAUGCAGCUGGACGACGUGGUGAGCAGCACGGAGACGGGGCCGCGUGUGGAGGAGGCCAUGCUCAGGUCUGUGCGCUGGUUGGAUCGCUGCAUCGCAGCCCACGGCCGCCCCACGGAGCAGAAGCUCUUUGCCAUCAUCCAGGGGGGGCUCAGCCCCACUCUGCGCCGCCACUGCCUCGCAGAGAUGACACAGCGCGACGUUCCGGGUUUUGCCAUCGGGGGCCUCAGUGGGGGGGAGGACAAGGAGCUUUUUUGGCGGACCGUGAAGUUGAGCACCGAGCGGCUGCCGCCCCAGAAACCGCGAUACCUGAUGGGAGUGGGCUACGACACGGACCUGGUGGUUUGCGUGGCGCUCGGCUGCGAUAUGUUUGACUGCGUCUUCCCCACACGGACAGCGCGCUUUGGAUCCGCGUUGGGCCCCUGGGGGUCCCUGCAGCUGAAGAACCGGCAGUUUGCGAAGGAUUUCCGCCCCAUUGAUGAGGAGUGCGACUGCCCCACAUGUCAGCGGCACAGCCGUGCGUUCCUCCAUGCCUUACUGCGCUCCGACCCCGCGGCGCUGCACCACAUCACGGUGCACAACAUCGCGUACCAGCUGCGGUUGAUGCGGGCGAUGCGGGACAGCAUCGUGGAGCGGCGCUUCCCCGCCUUCGUGCGGGAUUUCAUGCGGCGCCGCUACGGGACGAACCCCCCCUCGUGGGCGCAGGAGGCGCUGCGCUCCGUCGGCAUCGAACUGAGCGGAGGGGGGGGCGAUCCGUGAGACCCCCCCCCAAAAUAAACCUCCCCGCCCCGUCGGGGGACGGCGAUGUUUGUAA